UCCUUAUAAAGGGAUAGGCAACGUGUGUGGCACUCCAGCUGCUGUGGAACUACAUCUCCCAGCCAGCAUCCCCUAACAUUCAAAAUGUGCAGUGUGUCAUGAGAUGUGUUAUCCUACCGCAACUAGAGUCCCACUGCAACUCCUUGCCUACUGCCCAUCUUUGCAUAAUUAUCUUCAUAACUGGGCAUAGAAUAUAGUAUAUCUGCCCAUUCCCACUCUUGUCCUGGCGGAUGCGGUGCAGUCAGGCUUCAAUCUGGCAGUGACGUCAUAUCCGUCAUAAACUUUUUUACAUAACUCAGCUGGCGGGAAAUUGCCGCUGUCAUCUUGCGGACUGCUGUUAUAUAUACACCCUUGUGUAAGCGGCCGUGCCAUGUCUUCCCGCCGUUCAGCAGCCAGAGCCAGGGGUAAGAAGGUUCCCCGUAUACCGCUGGAAAUUACACCCAGUAGAAGCACAAUCCCUGAUAGACUUUCACCUCCUCCUCUUCUUGCGCGCAAUGGAAUCUUGACGUCUAGUAUGGGUGGUUCGCCGAAGAAACGCCCACUGGAACCGAAAGGUACCCCAGUGAGGACAGGCUAUAUGAGGAGGCAACCUUCUGUUAAUCUGUUUAACAUGGCAAAAAAACUUGAAAAUGAAGCAGAGAAACAAUCCAGAAAGGAAUCAGACGAUGGACAUUCUGAUAGGGAAAGUUUGGAUGACGGUGCUACUCCUAUUUCUUUAUCACAUGUACUCCCUCCAUCCAAUAAGCGUUUUAGAAAGAUGGAUAACAGAAAGACGUACCAACAUAAAGACAGUGCCGAGAACAAAGCUUGUGUUUCACUUGAGACCAACUCUGCGUGGAAGCAGCCUAUGGUUAAGUUGUUACGAUUGAACUUGGAGCCAGAAGAAGAAGAGAAGCAGUCCACAGAUGAAUCGGAUGUAUCGGACUGUGAUCAACCUCCUUCUCAGGAGCAAUCUGGUCUCUCUGCAUAUGAACUUAAAAGGCUGAACAAUAUAAAAGAAAAUUCUAAAUUUUUAAAUUCCUUGAAGCUACUUGAGACUGCAUCAAGUCUACAUCCGCCUAAAAAACAGAUUUGUAAAAGAAAAGUGCAGAAAAAGAAAGCGGAUUCAGUCACUCGACGUUCACUGAGGUUGCAGUGUGUUAAACAGCAGGACAGACCAGCCACAUUGCAAACUGCAUCAAGUCUACAUCCGCCUAAAAAACAGAUUUGUAAAAGGAAAGUGCAGAAUAAGAAAGCGGAUUCAUUCACUCGACGUUCACUGAGGUUGCAGUGUGUUAUACAGCAGGACAGACCAGCCUCAUUGCAACCAAUGGAAACGGUAAAACCGAAACCUCCAGAAAGGAUUGCCACAAACAAUGAGAAUAGUGGAGCUGUGCAAAAAUCCCUGCUGAAGUGGGCAUCUAUGAAUCCAGUAAAUCUAAAGAAACCUCCAGGUCCUAUAGAAAUGAUUGCCGCAAAUAAUGAUGAUUGUGAAGCUGUACAAACAUUCCUGCGGACGUGGGCAUCCACAAGUCAGGAUCCUGUGGAAAGCCCCAGGAAGCACUGUAAAAAUCUGUGGAGGUAUACAGCUGGUCUGCGGACUAUGAAGCUGACAAAAAAGUCUGUUGCUAGGGUUGUCCCUUCUCGUGUCACUUCUGUUGCUGUUCAUCCAUCAAGGAGCGAAAUACUUGUGGCGGCUGGAGACAAAUGGGGCUAUGUGGGACUGUGGGAUAUGAAACACAAGUCACAAACAAGUGGUAAAGGGGUGUACCUGUUUGUACCCCACUGCAAAACAGUGUCCACUUUGUUGUUCUCUCCAUCUAAUCCUGAACAUCUGCUGUCGCUCAGUUAUGAUGGGACCGUACGCUGCACAGAUCUCAAUGCCUUCAUGUUUGAUGAGGCUUACCGUGAUGAAGAAGGUGGUUUCUCCUCAUUUGACUUCCUGUCAUCUGAUGGCUCUGUCCUGAUAGUUAGUCACUGGGAUUCUCGAUUAUCAGUGGUUGAUCGCAGGACUCCGGGUACAACACAUGAAAUGCAGAUAUCUUUGUCCAUGCCUAGUGUCCGAACUGUUAGUGUGCAUCCAUUAAGAAGAGAUCUGUGUGCUGUAGCAGGAUACAGUGGUGUGUAUAUUUAUGAUAUACGAAAGAAUUACAAGAAGAAGCAAAAACCUGCUUGGACAGUACCUGGGCACACACAACCCGUUUUAUCUGCAUACUUCUCCCCGGGCACAGGCCACCGCAUCCUCACCACCUGUUUUGAUGGCUUUCUACGGGUAUAUAACAGCGAGUCCUUGGACAGCAGUGUUAAACUCCACAAACGAAUCAGGCAUAAAAUGUAUGACGACGUUCGUCCGGCAUGUUUCAGAGCCAUUUGGGAUCCUAAGGAAGAGAGUUGCUUUAUGGUCGGAAGCCUGGCCACACCUCGACAGAUUGUAGUCUUCCACGAGAAUGGAAAGAGAAUACAUACAUUAUGGAAUGCUGAAAAGCUUACUUCUGUGUGCAGUAUCAAUGCCAUUCACCCCACCAGGAACCUGGUGGUGGGAGGCAACGCAUCUGGGAGGUUGCAUAUGUUUUACAAAUGAGCACACCUAGAAAUGCAGUUCACUGUUAAGUACUUGUCCACACAAACUAGAUUGAUCCUAGAACUCUCACUCUCCCUCCCCCCCCCCCCCCACCUCUCUCUCUCUCUCUCUCUCUCUCUCUCUCUCUCUCUCUUAUAUAUAGAUAUAUAUAUAUAUAUAUAUAUAUAUAUAUAUAGUGUGCCUAAAACCAACAAUUUCAACUAUUUUAUAAGUUUGUACAGUAUUAUUAUGACAAAUUGGCUGCUUUUGUCACCUCUCAGGUUCCUUCCCACAAUAAAUAUUUUGUUUUAGCUUU